CCGGUCCGGCCACACUCCAGACCCAACCCCGAUCUGGACCUGGACCUCAGGCCAAACCCGGUCCUGUCUCUGUGUUACCCGGUGCUGUCCCAGUGUUACCCGGUUUUGUCCUGGAGUGACUCGAUCCCGGGUAUCUGGGAGUGACCCGGUCCUUUCCCAGCGUUGCGGUCCUGCCCUCGGGUAUCUCAGGGUAAAUCGGUUCUGUCCGGGUGUCCUGGUCCUGUCCCGGGGUGACUGGUUCUGAUCCGGAUAUCUGGGGGUUGAGCCGGUCCUGUCUCGGGCAUCUCGGGGUGACCCAGUCCUGUCCCUGGGUUACUCGCUCCUGUCCCGGGUGACCCGAGUACGCUCAGUCCCCGCGGCCAUGCUGAGCCAAACCCGGCGCAAGAAGCCGGCGGCGAGCCCGCCCAGCCCGGAGCUGGUGCCGGCGCAGGACCUGCGGGAGGCUCUGUUGGCCCUGCGGCAGGAUCGCACAGAGGAAGGGAAGCGAACACACUUGGCCUACAUCCACCACCUGGUGAAGGAGGCCUGGCAGCUGCCGGGCCGGGGCCGGGAGGUGGCGUCCGCUCUGUGCCGAGAGAUCCGGCUACAGGGCGCGCUGGAGCUGCUCAUGGAGAUGAUGCAGUCCCGGGGCACCGACACCCGCUACGAGGCGGGGAAACUGCUGGAGCAGGUCCUGAUCACAGAGAACAGGGACCGCUUGGCGCGCACGGGCCUGCCCGCCAUCUUGCAGCUGUCGAUGGAGAGGGAGGAUGUCGCGCUGGCGGCCAUCGUGUCCGGCCUGCUGCAGCACAUGUUCAAGCAGUCCGAGGUGACCUCACAUCUCCUCAUCACCAACGGCGGCCUGGACUUCAUCCUCUACUGGUGCCGCAGCAAGGAUACCACCAUCCUACGGCACUGCGCCACUGCCCUCGCCAACUGCGCCAUGCAUGGCGGCCACGCCAACCAGCGGCUGAUGGUGGAGAAGAAGGCCGCUGACUGGCUCUUCCCCCUGGCCUUUGCCAAGGACAAGACGGUGCAGUUCCACGCCUGCCUGGCCAUCACCGUGCUGGCCACCAACAAGGAGAUCGAGAGGGAGGUGGAGAGGUCAGGCACCUUGGACCUGGUGGAGCCGUUCAUCGCCUCCCUGCAGCCCGAGGGGUUUGUGCAGACCUGGCUGGACAGCGCGGAGAACUCGCAGGGACGCACGGCGUGUGAGCUACAACGCCUGGUGCAGCUCCUCGACAGCUCCAGGGUGGAGGCCCAGUGCAUCGCCGCAUUCUACCUCUGUGUCGAGGCUGCAUUGAAGGCUCGGCAGAACAAGACGCAGAUCUUCCAUGAGGUGGGAGCAGCGCAGAGCCUGAAGCGGAUCGUGAGCUACUCGGGCCACGCCACCACCUCCACGCUGGCCAAGAAGGCCUUGUGCCUGAUGGGGGAGGACAUCCCGCGGAGACUCUCCCCCAACGUCCCCAACUGGAAGCCGUUGGAGGUGCAGACCUGGCUGCAGCAGGUCGGAUUCGCCACCUACUGCGAGAGGUUCUGGGACCUACAAGUUGACGGAGACCUCCUGCUGUUGGUUUCUGACUUGGAAUUAAAGGAAGACUUGGGGAUACAAUCCAGUAUCACUCGAAGAAGGUUUACCCGGGAACUGAGUGAGUUAAAGACCAAUGCCAAUUACACCACGUGUGAUCCCAGUAGCCUAUCGGACUGGUUGGGCAGCAUCGACCCCCACUUUCGGCAGUACACCUACAACCUGGUGCACUGCGGCAUUGGCAAGGGAACUCUAUCUGGCGUGACGGAGGAGCAACUAGUAUCGGACUGCCGGAUUGAGAACGGAAUUCACCGGGCCCGGAUCUACGCCACCGGACAGGGUGAGAGGCAGAGCAUUCACCAGGACAUUAGAGUCCUGGAGUCAUACAGUGUGGAAACAGGCACUUUGGCCCAACUUGUCCACGCCAACCAACAUGUCCAAGAACUGCUGUCCAAUUUGCCCCAGUCCCGCAUUGAAACCUGCGAUGGAAGUCCCGAUGUCUUCAUCAGUUACCGGAGGUCCACGGGAUCGCAGCUGGCCAGCCUCCUGAAGGUUCACCUGCAGCUCCGUGGCCUGAGUGUCUUCAUCGACGUGGAGAAGCUGGAGGCGGGCACGUUCGAGGACAAGCUGGUGCAGAGCGUGAAGCGAGCCAGUAACUUCCUACUGGUGCUCUCAGCCAACGCUCUGGACAAGUGCAUGGACGACUUGGAGCUGAAGGACUGGGUGCACAAGGAGAUCGUCCUUGCAUUGUCCUGCAACAAGAACAUUGUCCCCAUCAUCGACCAGUUCUCCUGGCCAGACCCCAGCCGGCUCCCUGAGGAUAUGAGAGACAUCCUCAAGUUCAAUGGCGUUCAGUGGGUUCAUGAGUAUCAGGACGCCAGUAUCGAGAAGAUCCUGCGGUUCCUACAAGCCCAGAACAACGUUGCACUGCUCUCCUGACUCCUGUUCCUCCUCCUCCAGCACGGAAAGCUCCCGUACUGGUCAGCACUGGUCUCUGGCCAGUGAUCAGCGCUGGUCUCCAGUGUAUGGUCAGUGCUGGUCACUGGUGGUCAAUGCUGGACACUGGCAGUUAGCACUGGUCACCGGCGGUCACCACUGGACACAGGCAGUCACUGGCCAGUGGUCAUCACUGGUCACUGGCAGUCACCACUGGUCACCGGCAGUCAUCACUGGUCACUGGCAGACGUUCGGCCUGACGAGAUGGAGGCAACUGCGAGGUGGUGUGCUGCUCAGGGCUGUGGCCGUGAUGAAGGGGGACUGGGGUGGGGGGCAGCGAGGGCCCUGGCCCGGCACUGAAGCUUCCACACGGGGCAGUGGGAGACUGACCCACCUCAGCUGCUGCAGCACCCACAGCGGCAGACAACAUGGGGGAUACACACACAGGUCUACACCGACAUACACACACCCCUACCUACAUAUAAUGACAUACACACACCUACCCACACACUUAUACUGACAUACAUACCUAUACUGACACACCCCUACCCACACACUGACAUACGCAAUCCUACCCAUACACCCCCUUAAGACUCACACUAAUUGAAAUCUACCCACUUUCACACACCUACCCACUGUAACACACCUAUCCACAUCUACCCUCACUCAUGCCUCACCUACUAACUCAACACACCCGUACUAACAUACACCCUCACCCAUCACUCCCCUGGUAAACGGACGUUUGCGGAGGGGGUGGGGUCAGUCCCUGGGUUCAGGGCCGGCUUGUCUGCCAGAGGAUCAGUAACACACAGCCCACCUCUCGCCCGCUGCUCCGACUCACCUCAAGACCCCAGUACCGUGCCAAUACCUGGCACAUUUGCUGUCCCCCCCCCUUCCCUGACCCAGGGACUCCAUCCACACCCACUCUUCAGCCUCGUUCCACCCCUUUGGAUGUUCUGUCCCAUCUCUCGAGCUCUGUCUUAGCUUCUAGGUUGUUUGCAUGCCCACAGACCUGUCUCCCGAUCCCUCGCUCCCAUCUCCUGAUCCUACUCUUUUCCUCAUUCACUUCUCCGAAUCCCAUCUCUCUCUUCACAUUUCUCUCCUUGUCUCGGGAACCAAUCUCUCUCUGCCACUUAUCCCUGGAUCUCGGUCUUUCUUUGUCUCUCCCCCCCCCCCCUCCGGGUCAGCUGAGGUUCAUCCCAGACCCUCUGACCUUUGCCAUUUACCCAUGGAUGUUUUCCUUAUCGAUUUUCUGCCUCUACUCCUUGUGCCUUUACCUCCCCUCUCGGGUUAACAGCAGCCUUUUGGAAAAUGAGGUCAACACUGCUUGCCUCCUGGUCUGUACCCUUCCCGAUUCCCUUCAAGUAUCUCAGGCCUCUGGACGGGUAAAUUAAAUUUCCCCUCAAAUACUGCAAUGUAUAUCCUGCUGAUCUAAUAAAAAUGUGCUCUAGGAUGAGAAACUGAUUAUG